AUGCUCGGCUUCAGGUCAAUAUGUCGAAGUCCACGGCCUAGGCUCUGGCAAUUGUCGCCUCUGCGCGCAGUCCAUACAGCACCGGAUUCCACGGUAUCUCCAGCCCUGUUGACAAGAGCUCGCCUACUCGCCGCCGAACAUUCGAAACUUUCCGAUCGACUGGGGGAGUCGUUCGACGCCAAAACUGCAAAGAGAGCGGGAGAGUUGGCGCCGAUUGCUCAUGUUUUGCGGGAAUGGGUCACCGCCAACGAGUCUAUCAAUGAGCUCAAGUCUCUACUAGAAGACCCUGGAACUGAUGCUGAGCUACGAUCCCUGGCGAUCGAAGACCUCGAGAGCAGCCAUGGUAUCUUACCAACAAUCUCAGACCGACUGAAGAAGUCGCUGAUCCCCCGGCACCCCUUUGCGAAUCUGCCCUGUCUACUCGAAAUCCGACCCGGUGCAGGUGGGGAUGAAGCUGGGCUGUUUGCUUCUGAAAUGCUGCGGAUGUACAUGGCAUUUUGUUCCCGCAGAGGGCUCCGGCCAACCAUUCUGAAGCAGGAUACCGAAGUUGGCGCAUCAGAUGACCGACUCACCGAAGCAGUGCUGGAGAUCGAGGCGGAUGGGGCGUAUGAUCUUUUACGAACCGAAUCUGGGGUCCAUCGCGUGCAGAGAGUCCCCGCAACCGAGACCAAGGGCCGCACCCAUACCAGCGCUGUCAGCGUGAUGGUGCUGCCGAGCUUUUCCGAGAGUUCCAGCGAGACGGACAAUGCCCUGAACUUCGAAGACCCAUCUAGUGAUUAUUACCUCGAUCCCCAAGAGGUGAGAGUAGAAAAAAUGAGAGCCGGAGGCGCCGGUGGGCAACACGUCAACAAAACCGAGUCCGCGAUCCGACUGACUCAUAUUCCCACAAAUACUGUUGUCUCUAUGCAGGAUGAAAGGUCUCAGCAAGCCAAUCGCAGAAAAGCGUGGCAGAUCCUGCGUGCAAAGAUUGCCGAAACUCGCCAAGAAGCCCGAGAGCAGGAGCUCGUGCAGCUCAGACGAGGUAUUCUCGGCGGUGUUGCCAAAAUGGGCCGGGGCGACAAGAUACGGACCUACAACUUCGGUCAAAGCCGUUGUACCGACCACCGCACUGGCAUUACGAUUCACAACCUGGAUGGUGUCAUGGACGGGGGUGACGGGUUGGACACCGUGAUGGAGAGCGUUCGGAUCUGGAUGGAUAACAGUGAAGUUGAAGCCAUGAUUGCUGAAGACAUGGCAAAACAGACCAAUGUAAAAUAG